AUCGGAAGAUGGUUCUCUUGGUACCGUUAUGAAUGGGUACUCGAGCACCAGUACGUCAGUGUAACCUGGUACUGACCGCUUUCUUGGCGUGCGGUGCCAAAGGACUAAUGUCCGUCGAUAUAGGGUAUUUUAGUUUAAGUGAGAAAAACAUGAGUGAUGAAAGGGACGAGGAAACAACCAACAGAACGAGUGAGAAAAGUGACAAUGAAAUAACCAAGGACGAAAACGAUGUUAAUAAGGUGAUUUACCGACCAAUACCUCUACCCCACGAACCACCUUUAAUAGAAAGACUCUUCUCAACAUACUGGGGCCUCUCCAUUGUCUUCGGAGGAGUCUCCAUUCUCACAAUCCUGUUCAUAGCAGCUGAUGAAUGUAGACAAUGCUUUAGCAAGGCUGGAAAUUUGGAAUAUCCAGUCUCAUUGUCGAAGAAAUUCUGGGCAUAUGGAAAAAAUAUUGAGGGCGGGCACCUUAAGGAGGUUUAUACCGUUUUGGGGAGGUUGGGCUACAAACAAGAUCAAAAUCCUGGUGAGAAUUGGGAUCUACUCUGGUCUCACGACUAUCCAUUUAGAUCUCUUAAAUCUGAACUUUAUAACCUCAAGCCGUACCAGAAAGUAAACCAUUUUCCUGGAUGCGGUUAUAUUACUAAUAAAGUUGACUUGGCGACCAGUGGGUUACCUUACAUCCCACCCGCUUUUAAACUACCAGAGCAAAAAGAACAACUCUUGGAAUACUCAAAGACGCAUCCCAAUAGGACUUUUGUGCAAAAAAACAACGACCAUAGAAAUAUUAAGAUCGAAAGGUUGCAGAACAUCGAUUUGGACAAGAGUGGUACUUUCGUGCAAGAUUUUAUUGAUAAGCCCCUCUUGAUUAACGGACAUAAGUUUGACAUUGGGAUUUAUACAAUUGUUACUUCCAUUGAUCCUUUGAGAGUGUAUAUUUAUAAUGGAGAGGCUCUAUUAAGGUUUUGUCCUCAAAAAUACUACCCAUUUGAUCCAACGAAUUUGGACAAAUAUGUUGUAGGCGACGACUACCUUCCAAUUUGGGAAGUGCCUGCGCUAGACUACUAUUACAAUCAAUUAGGUUUUGGAAUGAGAGAAAGUCUUAACGCGCAUCUACGAAGUCUGGGAAUGGAUCCCAGUAAUAUUUGGACUCAGAUUGAAGACUCCAUUAGACAGGUUUUGUUAGCAAAAGAGCCUCUGAUUGCUAACGUACUAAAAAGGUUUAAAUACAAAAGCAACUUCUUUGAAAUGAUGCGCUUCGACUUCGUUAUAGACGAAAAUCUAAAUAUUUACCUGCUGGAAGCCAAUAUGAGUCCAAACUUAUCCUCAGCUCACUUUCCACCCAACAGACUGCUAUACCAGCAAGUUUUGUAUAACGUUCUCGGAUUAGUGGGAGUAGGAGAAAGGAUACAAAAGGGUAGCUUAGAACCUAGAUCCAAAGAAGAUGAAGCGAUGAUAGUAUCAGACAAACAUUUGGCCACUUAUCCAGAAAAAUGCAACAGCCAAAUGUGCAAAACCAGCUGCGUUUCACCGGAGUGCCAGUUAUGCAAACCAUGUCUUUCGCCUGAAACUAGAAAAUAUUUGGUGCAAGCCUUUAAAGAGCAUUUGAAUCGUGGGGAUUGUAAAAGGGUGUUUCCUCCUAUAGAGUCACGUGAAGAAGCUUUAAAGCCAGUUAGUGACAAUUAUUCUGCAGAAAACCAGUUGCAUUACAAGUGGUUUAAAGGCAAAUGUCUUUUGGAUAGUACUUGGUGUUGAAACUUCUUGCCGGAAUAUAUUAGAAGCAAAUGUUUUAUUUUCCAAUAAAGUGACUUUAUUAAAUUUUUAAUUCAGAUAAAAUGUAAGAUUUUCACCAUAUUUAUUUUAUUUAUGUAUAAUGUAAAAAAUCUAGUAGUCUGUUAAUAAAAAGAGCUGUUAUUCA